UAACAGUUCUCUGCGUACGCCCCGAUUUCCGUCUCUUCAGCCUGGUGCUAGUACGUGACGUGAGCCCCGUUACGACGUGAGCCAUGGAGCAAUUCCAACCUAGUAGAUGGCCAUGCAAUGCAUAUACCUCUUCUCAGUCCUUCUCAGCUGCCCCUUGUCAUGAUUAGCUUAGACAGUGGCUUCUAGCCAGUCUUCGACUAAGACCUCUCUUAGACACUGCGCAGCCGCUUAUCAUCGCCAUCGUUUAUCUUCGCCGAUGGCUAAACAUCGCCGGUCGCUUGACAUCGCCAGUCGCUAAGCAUUGCCGGUCGCUUAGCGUCGCCAGCCGCUAAUUAUCGCCGGUCGCUUGGCACAGCCAGUCACUUAGCGACGCCAGCCGCUUAUAAUCACCAGCCGCUUGGCAUCGCCAGUCGCUUAGCAUCGCCAGUCGCGUAGCAUCUCCUGUCGCUUAGCGUUGUACGAUAUUUAAUUAAGUCGCCUGCGGUCGUCAAGUGGAUGCCGAAACGCCGAGGACUGUAAGAUGUGUCCAAGCCUGGAAUGACCAAAUACUCGUGACCGUACGAUGUGUCCAAGCCUGGAAUGACCAAAUACUCGUGACCGUACGAUGUGUCCAAGCCUGGAAUGACCAAAUACUCGUGACCGUACGAUGUGUCCAAGCCUGGAAUGACCAAAUACUCGUGACUGUACGAUGUGUCCAAGCCUGGAAUGACCAAAUACUCGUGACGGUACGAGGCGAUCUAGCGUAGUCCUCUCUUUCAGUUGAUGGGACAGACCAUCGCCCAACCAGAAUCUUAAGAACAUUGUUUUUUUUCCAGUCAAUACUUCGACGGAAGGAAAAAGACAGUCGACAUGAUAUCAAGACGACUGCCAGUGUCGCGACCUUUUAGAAGAAUUAGAUCACUACUCUUGUUGACUGUGGUAUGUCUAAGCGCAGCGAGCCUCGGCGCUGACGCGGCUCGUAAGAAGGGGAAGAAAAAGCCGACGGAAUCCAUCCCGGGACCUGUCGUUGCCGCCGGAACCGGACUGACGCUGACGCUGCUGCCCAACAACCGAUACGGCGCGAAAUGCCUGGACGGCAGUCCCCCAGGGUACUUUUUCCGCCCGGGCUUCGGCAGCGGCAGCAGCUCGUGGCACGUACACUUGCAGUACGGCGGGUGGUGCUACACGCUGGAGAAGUGCCAGGAACGCAGCCUGACGUGGCUCGGGUCUUCUAACGCGGAUUUGCAAAACCAGAACCCGUGGAAAUUCGCGAAUUGGGGUUACAUGGGAAUUCUGAGCAUAAAUCCCGUCACCAAUCCUCGCUUCUACAAUUGGAAUCUCGUGGUCCCGAUUUACUGCGACGGCGGGGGAUUCGCAGGCCGCGCGGGGUUCAAGAAUGUGAGCGAAACUGAAGGCGUGUAUCUGGACGGUUGGAAAAUCAUCAAAGCUGUUCUCACAGACGUGACAGACUACAAGGGGCUGAAAACCGCCUCCCAGGUGCUGUUGUCGGGGGUGUCGGCGGGCGCUGAGGCGGUGGUCACUCUGUGCGACCAGCUGCCCGCCCUCGUGCCCUCCGCCAAAACCACCAAGUGCCUCAUGGACUCGGGCUUCUUUCUUGAUGCGUUGGACAUGAACAAGCGGUCGGCGUUUCGCAAGAGGAUCCAGCUGCUGGCAGGGCUGCAUGUUUUUGUCGGCAACCCCCGAUGCAGCAGAGCCACCAAUCAAACCAAGAAGUGGAAGUGCUUCUUCCCAGAACACUCCCUCCCAUUCGUGCGAUCGCCAUUCUUCGUCGUCAACUCUCUGUUCGACGGCAAGGCCCUGAAUCUUGGUAACCAGUUACCGGAGAGUAACAACACCUUCACUUACCAAUGUCUAAGUGAAAUAAUGGCUAUGCCUAGCCUUAGGCGGUCGAUUCCAAGCACGCCACCUAACGAGCUUGCUUGGAAAAACUCGAAUAAAAAGUGCACGCUCUCAGCUACACGGGCGGUGCUUGCUUAUGCGCAGAAAAUGUGGACGGUUGUUGGUGCUAUGGAGGAUAAGAAGCUGAAGGCUUUCCUUGCUUGGUCUAGCAAGCAUGGAAUCAUGGUGGAUAGUUCGUGGGUUGGCAUGAAAGAGAAUGGCAAGGUUUUGCGUGACGUCGUAGCUGAAUGGUACUUCAAUUCAUGAGAAUGAUAUCUUGUGUGCUAGCUGUUCUCAAUUGUUCAGUUGUAAUGAGUUUGGAGCUAUGCUGCCAUGUGGAACUAGA